AUGUCUGAGAAGCAGGCGGAAUCCCGCGACUCAGCUCCACAGACCCAGACGUAUGGGACUGUUGAGGAGCUAAGGAAAUACAUUGAAACCACGCGGGACAGGCUUGUCAACGACCCGCGGACGAAGCAGAUGAUUGAUUCUGGAGAGGCAACGUGGGAUGAGGUGAAGUCAUACUUGAGGGAGCGGGCACCUCAGCGCCUCAUCGCCAGCGGCCCCACCACCACCACCUCGACAUACACGUACUCUGCGGGUUUUUGGUGCCCCGUGACCCAAGGUGGCACGUUUACGGCGGCGCCGAAUACAGUGUUCGAGGUUGCAUGCGAUGCGGAGACUGCAAAGAAGAUCAAUUUGAGGCCUCAAGUCGAUGUUGUAUUUGACGCGAAGGCGAAUCAGCUGGUCUUUGGCUUCGACUUGCCGGGUUUCAAGAAGGACGAUAUUAGUGUAGAGACGGAGAACAGAUGCCUCAGCGUCUCAGGAAAUCGGCCCAAGAUAAACCUAAAGGAGGUGUACGGGGAGCAGAUGAAGUGCCUGGUGGCCGAGAGGAACUUUGGCUUCUUUUGCAGGCGGUUUCAGUUGCCCCCGAACGCAAUAGAUGACACCGUGAGUGCAUCGAUGCAGGAUGGAGUUCUCUUCGUUCGCAUCUCAACGAGCGAGAAGGCAGCGGGAGAUAAAAAGAAAGUUAGCAUUGAAUGA